CGGCUUCUCAAAGUUCCGUUUUGAACGUCAACCACAUACCACAGUUCCAAAAUUACGACAUUUCGUUCAUUUUUGAAUCGCUAAUGUUUUCUUGCAAAAUCGUGUCAUGCGAUUCGGAUAACAUACCUAUCUCAGCUGAGCACAAUAAGCCUCUAAUCAUAGGAAGAGGGCCAUUGACCAAGAUAAAAGAUCCAAGGCUUUCUCGAAAUCACAUUGAAGUCGUUGCAGAUUGUGAAAAAGGGUUCCUGAAAGUUACUUUUGUUGGAGCUAACGCAUGUAAAGCAGGAAAUUCAAUUUUGAAAACGAAAAAUGAAACUGUUGAGCUUAAGCAUGGAGAUGCGAUAGAAUUGCUAGAAAACCAAUACUCUUUCCGUGUUGAAUUUUGUCCUGUUUUAAACCAGCCAGUUAAAUCAGACACUAGUUCAUCAAGCCCUCAAGAAAUGGUGGGGAAGCAAACAACCCUCAAUCAUUUUCUAACAAAGAGGAAAUCAACAUCAGCUGAUGACACAGUGGAUCCCAGCCUUGCAAAAAAACAGAAAAUAGGAGACACCUGGGAAGAAGUUGAUGGAGGAAAGUUGAUUGUCUUUACCACUGAGGGUGUGCAGCAUAAAUCAAAGAUUGCAGCAUUUGACUUGGAUGGAACAAUCAUUACAACUCAAUCUGGUAAAGUUUUCCCAACAAAUCCUCAAGACUGGAAGUUGAAUUUCAGUCAGAUUCCUGGCAAACUCAAGCAAUUGUUGGAAGAUGGUUUCAAAAUAGUCAUAAUUACUAACCAAGCUGGAUUAAGCAACGGGAAAGCUAAACCAUUGGACUUUCGGCAGAAAUUGUUCGAUAUUCGUGCAAAGUUGGGAGUCCCAAUCCAAGUUUUCAUUUCGUCCGGAUCUGGAAUUUACAGGAAACCCGCAAUCGGAAUGUGGAACCAUCUCACGGAACAUGCAAAUGGCUCUGUCCCAGUUGACGUAGGAUCAUCAUUUUAUUGUGGUGAUGCAGCUGGGCGCGAGGCCAAAUGGGCGCCAGGGAAAAAGAAGGAUCAUUCAUCUGUCGAUCGUCUUUUAGCCACGAACGUGGGCUUGAAGUUUUACACGCCUGAAGAAUUUUUCUUGGGACAUCGUUCAGUUCCACAUAAGCAGCCUGAUUUCGAACCUCGUAAUUUGGACGCGGAGAUUCCUCUUUUGGAACCCUCUGACUCAUCCCUAUCCCAGGACAAACAAGAGGUUAUUGUACUAGUUGGAUUUCCUGGAUCUGGCAAAAGUCAUUUUGCCAAACAUCACGCGCUUCAGUCAGGUUAUGACGUUAUCAACCGUGACUCUUUGGGCACCUGGCAGAAAUGUGUAACCGUCUUGGAAAGAUCUCUUGACAGCGGAAAAAGUGUGCUCAUCGAUAAUACAAAUCCGGAUGUGGAAUCACGUUCCCGUUUUGUUCGACUGGCCUCAGCUAGAGGGCUGCCUUGUCGUUGUUUUGUGAUGAACACCAGCGUUACGCACGCCUUACAUAACAACAAGUUUCGGGAAUUUACCGAUACAAGUCAUGCCCCUGUUUCAAGAAUGAUUUUCAACGUAUACAAAUCAAAGUUCCAGGAUCCUAGUUUAGAAGAAGGUUUCACUGAAAUUGUUCGAGUUAAUUUCCGACCUGCUUUCCGUUCGGUCGAAGAUGAACGCCUUUAUAAAAUGUAUCUCCUCGAAGACUGAGGAUCCUCUUUCAUCGGUAAUUUAAUUUGCAUAAGGGAAAUAAUUGAACGGUGACCAUUCUAUUGUUGUGUUGGCUAUAGAUCAGUAAUAUUACAUCACACGUUGAUUUAAA